ACAAUAUGAUGUGCUUGGAACUGAGAUUGGUAAUAAGCCUUUGGUUAAUCUGGACUACGGCUGCACAGAACUCGACGGAUGUCAAACAGGAUGGCCGAAUUGUCGGCGGCUGGGAGACGCACAUCACCUUUUUUCCGCACCAAGUAUCCCUCCAGUUGGGCACUCGCCAUGCCUGCGGUGGAACUAUCCUUUCAAAUACCAUUAUUCUGACAGCUGCUCACUGUGUGCUUGAGUACAACAAGCCGCAAUAUUAUGUAAUUCGAGCUGGAUCUACUGAUUGGUCCAAGGGUGGCAGCUAUAUCCGCGUCCAACGUAUAAUACCGCAUCCCAAGUUCCAUGAGCCCACAAGGAUGAAUAACGAUAUUGCUAUAAUUCAGCUGCAGCAACCACUUGUCUAUAGUCAAGAUAUUCGACCUAUUAACCUGGCUACCAGCCAGGACACGAUACAGCCAACGGCGCAGCUUUUUGUCAGCGGUUGGGGCACCACGUCGAUCUCGCAAAUGCAGCCGGAAAAGCGUCUUCGGUACACAGUUGUUCAGCUUAGCAAUCAUAAUCAGUGUGCGAGGAACUAUUUUGGAGCUGGCACAGUGACCAACACCAUGUUCUGUGCGGGAACUCAAAUGGGAGGAAGAGACAGCUGCCAGGGAGAUUCAGGAGGACCACUAGUAACCUCUAUUGAUGGUCAGAUGAAGCUGUACGGCAUUGUGUCAUGGGGUUUUGGAUGCGCAAACGCCAUGUUUCCUGGAGUUUACACGAAAGUUUCCGCAUAUGACGAUUGGAUAGCGCAGACAGUGAAGGAACUAGUCUAGCUUUAUUUUCCCUUUGCUUCACUACUUAGAAAUAAUGUUCAAAUACUUAAGUUAUCAUAUAGUAAUUACAAUGUAUAAGAUUGUUAUCCUCUGUAAAUGAACUUUUUAUUCUCUAAUAACUUGCUUAUUCUCAAGUUCAGAUGACUAACCGAAAACAUAAAAUAUUACUUAUCGAAAAACAAUUUGUUAA